AUGGCAGUUCACAAGACACUCAAGUUUAAGCCCCUUCACGCAACAUUUGCGGCUGAAGUGGAGGGUGUUGAUUUCUCCAAACCCAUACCGGACUCUGUGAUCGCUGAAGUUCAGGAGGGCAUCGACAAGUAUGGCGUCCUCGUGUUCCGGAAUGCCAAUAUGGACAAUGACACCCACGUUGCCUUCACACGGCGGUUCGGCGAGCUAGAUUCGAUGCCUUUCAUUCGUCGCCGAGGUCGAUUCCCUGACCAGCCGCACAUCUUCGACGUGUCCAACUUGGACGACUCUGGAGAAAUAGUCAAGGACACCGACCGCGUCACCUCCAUGCUGAAGAAGGGUAACGAGCUGUGGCACGCCGAUAUGCAGUAUCAUCCGCGCCGGGACAAAUACUCUCUACUCCGCGCGGUCGAAAUCCCUCCCCUAGGUUCUGGCGGCGAGACUGAGUUUGCCGAUUCCCGCACCGCCUACGAAGACCUCGACCGCGAAUGGAAGGACAAGCUUGAGAACUUGGUGUGUGAUUGUUCGCUGAUCCAUAAUCGCCGGAUGGCGGCGCCGGAUCUGUAUAAAGAUGUGGAUCCAUACGACUGGUCUAUCUCUCAUUUCAAGGCCGUGUAUCCGCACGAGGGGAGCGGACGCAAGAAUUUGUAUGUGACCAGCUAUGUCUAUAGGUUCCAGGGCUAUUCGAUCGAAGAAAGCCACAAGAUGCGGGAAGAGCUGAUCAAGCACGGAACCCAGCCGAAAUACGUGUACAAGGUCGCGUGGGAGCGACCAGGAGACGCAGUUAUGUGGGAUAACACAGCAGUCUGGCAUCGAGCGUUAGACGCGUCGGAGUAUAUAUUCAAAUACCGAAGGGACAUGCGGCGGACUAACACAUAUGACAAUGGCCCGCACGCAUGGGGGGAGAACGAGGUCGGGAAGGCCUGGAAGGUGCAGCUCCCCAAGGACCCUUUGGCACAUGAAAGUCAACUCAACCGCUUGGUCGGGUAG